UGCCGACAGAAGAACCAAAUAUUCUUUCUUAGGGAUUAGACGAACCUUUGAAAGAAACAUGUUCAAGUUGUCCUGAUAUUUAAGUGAUAUAUUAUUCUCCAUUUGAUCCUCGGAAGUCACAAACCAAGCGAGUUUAUUGUCAAACCAAUAUGGCGGAGCAUCUCGAGUUGGUAGCUGAGAUUCCGAAAGUUGAGAAACUCACUGUUCAAGAACGUCUUGAGUAUGCCAAAAAAAGACGAAAGCAGCAACUUAGGAGAUGGGAAAGGGAGAAGGAUUCUGAUUAUGGUCCACCACCAAGAAAGAAGAAAUUAACAAGUAAACCCGUGACGUUUCAACCUCAAUUUAUGCUUCUUGACGCUUCUACAAGAGGAGAUGUUGAUGAAGUGAAAAAGAUGCUUGAAAACGGUGUCGACCCCAAUAUAAGUAAUGAUGAUGGUUUGACAGCCUUGCAUCAAGCGUGCAUUGAUGGCUGCGAAGAGAUCAUCGACAUUUUGUUAGAAAAUGGAGCUCAAUUAGAUAGUGUUGACAGAGAAUUAUGGACUCCACUUCAUGCUGCUGCAGCCUGCGGUAAUGAUGAUAUUGUGGAAUAUCUUUUGGAUCAGGGUUCAAAUAUUGUAGCAAUAAAUGCUGAUGGAAACAUGGCAAUUGAUUUGGUUGAUGACGAAAAUGAAGAACUAAGAGAGAUUUUACAAGCUGAGAUGGAGGAACAAGGAUUCACCGAAGAAAAACUGAAUGAAUUAAAAGAUCAGAUGGAACAAGUAAUGCUGUCAGAGUUAAAGAUGAAAGUUGAAGAAAAUGAAGACUUUGAUUUGGAUAUGCUCAAUGAACAGGGAGCAACAAUGGCCCACAUUGCAGCAGCCAAUGGAUAUGAAGAGGUACUGGAGUUUCUUUUAGAACAAGGAGCCUCCAUUGAUAUUGCUGAUAAAGAUGGUUGGCAGCCUAUUCAUGGAGCUGCUGUCUGGGGAAAUGAAGUUACAGUUGAAAUGCUUGUUGAAAAUGGUGCUGAUUUAGAUGCUAAGACAAAUACAGGAGACACACCUCUCACACUUUGCGAGGAUCCUGAACUACAGCAGUUUCUUGUUGAUCUGAAGAAAAAAGUGAAAACAAAUAAAGCUAAAUCAUCAAAGAGAAAACGCAGUAAUUCACGAUCGUUAUCAGUCAAAAGAACUAGUCUUAAAGACAAGAUUAUUAUUUCCCAAAAUGAAGCCAAAGCUGAAGCUAUUUUGCGUGUUCAUCCACAGUUAGCAUUCCUUUUGCCAAAAAAUUCUGAAUUGAAAAAUAGUGAAACAAAACCUAUGGAAACAACUCCAGCAGCAACWGAAGCACAACCAACACAAAACUCWACCACCACAAACACAAGAGAACCAAACCCUAAUACCACAACAGAACAAAAAUCUGUCAGCARCACUUCAAGUCUAAAGAGAGAAAAACAGAAAGAAAAUAUUGAUCCUGAAGAGAAAAUCAAUGCUGUUAUUUCUACUCGAGUAAAAAACAAAGACAUUGUUGACCCUUCAACAAGUAAUAGUGAGGUAAAAACAMAGGAAACCACACACAUUGAUGAGAAAAAAUCGACCUUUAAAAUCACUAUUAAAACUCGUAAAACAAGCAUGGAUGAGAAGCCAGCCAUGGAAGCAAAACCAGAUGUUACUAUGGGAACCAAAGAUGCAGUAACAAACCAUAAACUACCAUAUGAUAAACAUGCUGACCACCAAUCACGACACCAGGAAUCCAAACCYGAUGUUACCAUGGGAACACAGCAUGUCCAUGACAACCAUAUGCCUAUUGAACCUCAACAACAACACAAGCAACCUAGGCCUGAUGUCACCAUGGUAACCAAGCCCUCMACUUUGCCUCGUGAUGCUUCAAGUUUUAAAUCAGAGUUGACCAGUCAUAACAGUAACCUUGCAAUGCGGUCCUCUAGUGAUGCCAAUCUAGCAGCAGCAAGAACAAAYAGAACGCCGGGACACAAAACAUCUGGGACUUUUUCUUCAUYGUCYGGAGAGCCAACCAACUCGAGCCUUGGCAACCUAUCCGGUUCAAAGGAUGGUGAUCUGGGUAAACCSCCUAAGUCCACUAAGACACGCCAUGCCCCAGCCCCUCCYCCMAUCRCAAAGUCUUCAGGGAGUCUAAGCCGAAGUCACGAACCAGCUGAUACUUCUGGCUACCCUGACUCGUUCAGCAAGAGAUCUCGUAGUUCAAGAGAAAAUAUUCUCGAUGUGGUUGCUACAGGACGCCUCGCAUCGCCUACUCACAAGACAGUCACACCAAAUGAUGUUCAACUAGAGCCUGACCCACCCAACAAACAGAUAAACGAUCCACAACCCAAAAAACCAAGCCAACUACAAAACAAUAAAUCAAACCAAACGAUAAACAACUCAACAAAACCCAACCAACCACAACCCACACAAGAAAAGAACAAUUCAGCGCAAGUCCCUCUCAGGCAAAAGAAAGGUAAACAGCAGGAACAACCUCGAGAGAGUUACAGGAGAAGAAGUAGUAGUGAAAAUAUYGCGUCUGUUACAAACAUUCAUGUCAAAGAUGACGAAGAACAAGAGAAGAAAACGUGUUGUGUGUUGAUGUGAUUUUCCACCUUCAUGAUAAGGUGUUUUAGUAGAUUACUAUUUUGAAGUGCAGAAUAAAAUGCUACAAUAUUUCUUGUACAUACCGUUUACARGACGAUUCUUAUAGUAAAGUUUCGAGUAAAAAUUUCAUUUUCUAUAGGGUUAGGGAAAUCAUUUUCUAAUAAAAUUGAUGGAAUUUUUGCUGA